AUGGUUCUUGGGAUUCCCUGUUAUGUCUUAGAAUCAACUCGCUACAUACAAAUAUCGCACAAAUCACUACUCAUAUUCGAGAAAGAAGGCAGUCUGAUCGAUAGUAUCAGCCUGGAAUCGAUCAAAUCUCUACAUGUAAAAAACGAAGACAAAUUCUUUUUACGUAUAACAUACAGGAACAACCUAGAGCUGGUGUUAAAAUUUGACAGUUACCUGAACAGAGACAUAACGAAAUCACUCAUAAUAUUUGUUGAAAAAGAAAUAAAAGAACGCAAGCGAAUAGAUGUCGGCGAUACCGAUUUGUACAAUGAAUUAACAAGCAAGUACCACUUUGAUGAAAAGUUAUACAGUUCACUGACCGGCGAAAUACGCGGGCAACAAAUAAAAAAUUUCAGUCUUUACGAGAUAGAGAGCAAGAACGAUCUGCUCAAGUGCUUUAUCCAGCAGCCUUAUCUGCUACAUAUUUACGUAGAAAUGCAGGUAACGCUCAAGCAAUUUUUCAAUCUACUGAAGGGCAGCUAUUUUUUUGAUGAUCGUAACGAAAAGAACGCUGUCGACAGACGCAUACAAGGUAUGUUUGGGGUAGAGCUGAAUUUCGCAAGCAGGGUUAACCAACACAAUAGGAACGAAGUUGAAGAUGUUGAGGAGAUCAGCAGCAAGCCAUUGGUUGAAAAAGAGAUCGCAUUCUCACCCAUCUAUCCAUAUGAGGAGAACAUUAUUGAGGAAGCAAGGGAGUUUAUUGAACCCGUUCUAAACGGCAUAAAAGUUGAUUUAAAAGCCGAUAACGAGCCGAUAAAUGAUACUUGUGAAUAUACUAAAGGAAAUAUGAUAAAUAUUUGUUCUUUCAUUUACGAGAACAGGAAUUCGGUAAAUAAGUCAGAAGAAAUCAGGAAGCUGGCGAAAGAAGUUGAAGAAGAAAUGCUUAAAAACGUAGGCGAGCAUGAAAAAAAAAUUUUUGGAAGAGUUGUACCGUCAUUUUUCCUAAAAAAAUAGCCUGACAUAAACUAUUGAACACUAAGAAAUAAUUUUUAGCUGUGGUAUUAUUUUUUUCUAAUAUUAAAUUACACUUCAUCACUUGA